AUGUUUAAAAGAAAAACUUCUGAAUCAGAAUUAAAUUUAACUUUGGAUAAUAAUCCUAAAACUGUGAUUAAUAAAAACUAUAAUAAUUAUUAUAAAACAAUCGAAAAGAAAUCAAAAAUAGAAACAAAAACAAUAAAUAAUAAAAUAACUAACGUUCUUAAUACCAAACAAAUAAACAAAUCAUUAAAAAAGAAAAAAGAAGAUAGUGAGAGUGAAAGUGAUAGCGAUAGUGAUUAUGAAGAUAGUGAAGAUGAUGAUGAUGAUGAUGAUGUUAAAGUAUCUAAAAGUAAAUCAACAACAACAACAUUUAAUGUUGGUGGUAAAUCUAAAAUAAGCUAUUCAACUUUGGAAAAGAGUUGUAAUACGCUAAAGGAUGACUGGCCUCAAUGGCGCAAAGAUUUAUAUCAUAAAGGUUGGGCAGUCGUUCCCAAUGUCGUUCCAACAGAUCGUUGUGCCACCUAUAGUAGUGCCUUUUGGGACUGGAUGGAGAACUUCAAUACCGGCGUAAAGAGAGAUGACUCUUCGACAUGGGUCAAUUCUAAUUGGCCUGGUAAUAUUCACGGUAUCUUUCAGCAUUACGCAUUCGGACAAAACCAAUUCGUUUGGGAUAUCAGAGUAGAACAACCAAUUAUCGAUGUAUUUACAAAGAUCUAUAAUACCGAUAAGCUGGGAAGUAAUAAGUUUGGUUUUAGAUGUGUUCAGGGAUUCUUGAAUUUAAAUCAUUGCCAAGACAAUGAUGGUGGAUUGAUUGUUUACGAAGGAUCUCAUUUGGUUCAUGACAAAUAUUUCCGAGAGACUGGAAUCGAUUCCAAGGGUGAUUGGUGGAAAUUCGAUGACGAUCCAAUCAAACUAAGUUACUUUAAGGAUUGCAAGAAGGUCAAGGUGAACUGCAAUAUUGGUGAUAUCGUGCUGUGGGACUCACGUACCAUUCAUUAUGCAUGUGCACCGACUACUCCUGAACGUUGUCGUAUGGUUGUAUAUGUCUCUUAUCAACCUGCAUCGCUCAUCUCUGACUCUGAUUUGAAAAAGAAAGUGAAAUGCUUCAAAGAGAAGAGAAUGACAUCUCAUUGGGCAAGCGAGAAUAUUAAGAUGUUUCCAAAGAAUCCUAGAACCUAUGGCAAUAAUGCUAUCAUCGAUAGAUUUAAAUACGAUGAAAAGAAACUUCCUGUUUUAACAAAUCGUGCAAAACAACUUGCUGGUUUGAUUCCAUAUAACAAUAGUUUUAAAUAA